CCACUCCCAUUCUUUCAACUCAGCCUCGGAUCACAAAAAAGCUCCAAUAACAAUAAUAACAAACUAAGUUGGCAUUCUCAAUAAGGCUUCAUUGUUUCCAGCUCCCAUUCUCCAUCGUCGUUGUCCACCAUCCAUCAGACAUGGGAGCCUGUGCGAGCAUGCCUAAGGAUUUGAAAAAACAAGAUGCCGCCAUCCCCGAGGCCCCUGUCACCCCCAAAAAACCCGACGUCCCACUCAUUCCCGAGCAGGAGAAUAAGGAUAUGGAUGGAGAAGAAACAAUGAAGGAAGAGCCUCUGGUAGAUCUGUCGGAGCCAGCUCCAGAGGCUCCCAAGGCCGCCGCUGAUGUUGUCCCGGAACCAACCUCAGAGCCGGCGGGGGAGGAGACACCUGUCGCCGCCAUUCAGGAAGACAACGCUCCAAAGGUGGAGGAGAAGAAAGAAGCAGAAGCUGUAACUGAGGCCGCCGUCUAAGUGUCAACAUUAACCGCUAUAUAUAUAUAUAUAGUUUCACUUAUUCUGUAUUCCAUCAUGUGAUCUUCUGAGGCUCAAUGUAACAAUAACCCCAAAAAAAAAAAAAUUGAUUAA